AUGUCGUUGCUGGCUCUUGCCGCGUCCAUUCUGGCCGGCGUCUUCACGACACUCAUCGCGGCCUUCGGUAUCAACUCAAUCUCAAAACUGCUGCCCACGCGCUACCACGCCGCCGAGAACCCCAAAGAUGACCACAUCCAGAUCCUGGUGCUGGGCGACAUCGGUCGAUCCCCUCGCAUGCAGUACCACGCCCUGAGUGUCAUGAAGCAUGGAGGCAGGGUCGACCUCAUCGGUUACAAGGAGACGGCUCGCCUGCCAGAUCUCGUUGGAAAUGACAGAGUCGCUCUGUAUCCUCUCCCGCCCCUGCCAACCGUUUUCAAAUGGAACACCUUGCCCUUCUUGAUCAACAAGCCGGCAAAGGUCGUCUGGCAGAUGUGGUCCAUCUUCUAUGUGCUGGCUUACACCGCGCCUCCAGCACGGUGGAUCAUCAUUCAGAACCCUCCUUCUAUCCCGACGCUGCACUUGGCUUUGCUCGUCUCACUCCUCAGAGGAAGCCACCUUCUCAUUGACUGGCACAACUACGGUUGGUCUAUCAUGGCCACCGGCCGCAGCCUGAAGAACCCUCUCGUCUGGCUAUACAAGAAGUACGAAAUCUUCUUCGGCAGGCUCAUCCCCACUGCCAACCUUACCGUCACCCACGCCAUGGCCCGCCAGCUCCGCGAGAAGCCUUACAACAACAAGAAGCCCAUCUUCGUCCUCCACGACCGUCCCGCCCAGGUGUUCCAGCCCAUCAAGUCAGCCGAGGCCCGGAAGGCCUUCCUCUCCGGCCUCAAGGAGACCAAAGAUGUUGCCGAUAGCAUCUGUAACGGAACCACUCGCCUCAUCGUCAGCAGCACUUCAUGGACACCCGACGAAGACUUCGGGCUUUUGUUGGAUGCCCUCGUGGCCUAUGCGCAUCCGGAAGAAGCCGUCAGUGAGAGCGGCGUCGGCAGGCCCCCGAUCCUGGCAAUCAUCACCGGCAAGGGACCUCAGAAGGCCGAGUACGAAGAGAAGAUCAAGACCCUCCGUCUCGAGGGAAGGUUGCCCGGCAUCACGAUCCUCACCGCGUGGCUCUCGACCAGGGAGUACGCCACGCUGCUCGCCUGCGCAGACCUGGGCGUCUGCCUGCACAUGUCAAGCUCCGGCGUCGACCUGCCGAUGAAGGUGGUGGACAUGUUCGGUUCUGGCCUGCCUGUUGCGGCAUACUCGGCUUACGAGAGUUUCGGCGAGCUCAUCAAGGAGGGCCAGAACGGAUGCGGAUUUGAGACCGCCACGGAGCUGGCUGAGGUUCUGAUCAGACUGCUCAGCCCCGGCGGUGAGGAAGAGCUCAAGACCUUGAGAUCCGGUGCUGUGAAGGAGGGUAGCUUGAGGUGGGACGAGGAGUGGGAUCGUGUCGUGGGCCGUGUUGUUGGAGUCAUUGACGGUUGA